CAGCAAAUUUGGUUGCAACACAUGCUGCAGAUGCUGUGACCAUGGAAAACAUGAUGGAUUUUUCUAGUGCUGUCUAUACUUUAGCUGAUGGAAGCGUUGGAGAUAUUUUUGGUGGCCUUCUGUAUUCUGCUGGUCAACAAGCUAAUGAAGCUGUUCAGGGCCAGUUGACUGCUCUUAGUUUCACCAGUGUGGCCACUAUUUUUGGCGCAGGGCUUGUAACUAGUCUUUCCCCUUGUACACUCAGUGUGCUGCCUCUGACCCUUGGUUAUAUUGGGGCUUUUGGCUCUGGGAAAAGCAGAGUAGCGGUUGUUGGGGAUUCAAUUGCAUUUGCCCUGGGAUUGGCAACCACGCUAGCACUGCUGGGCAUUGCAGCUGCAUUUGCUGGAAAGGCAUAUGGGCAAAUAGGACAAGGGCUGCCUGUGGCUGCUUCUUUUUUAGCUAUUGUUAUGGGUUUAAACCUGUUAGAGGUAAUAGAGUUACAACUUCCCUCAUUUUUCGACAACUUUGAUCCUCGAUCAGCAGCUGCUAGCUUUCCUUCAAGUGUUCAAGCUUAUUUGGCUGGUCUUACAUUUGCCUUAGCUGCGUCACCAUGCAGUACACCAGUACUAGCAACCUUGCUCGGCUAUGUUGCUACUUCUCGGGAUCCAAUCAUUGGGGGCAGCUUGCUGUUGACAUACACAACGGGCUACGUUACUCCCUUACUUCUUGCUGCCUCUUUUGCUGGAGCAUUACAGAGUAUACUUUCAUUCCGCAAGUUCUCAGCAUGGAUCAAUCCAGUCAGUGGUGCACUACUAUUAGGUGGGGGUGUCUAUACCUUUCUCGACAAGCUUUUUCCGGUGACAAUGGCUAUGUAGGCUAAUCAGCUAUUCAAAUAGCAACAGCUGGAAUGGGGAUGAGCUUUACCUGCUUCUUCUUACUGUUUGAGUUGCUUAUGCUCAGGCACAGCAUCGUUGAGUUACAUAGAUCAAAGUUUCAAGUGAAUGAGUAAGCAAAGGUACCAUAUGUACAUUGGAUCUGUAACUUUCACUCCUACAUCGUUGUAGAAUGUUGUUGAUAUGUACCGGAUAUAUCUUUCAGUUAGAAUUAAGAAACAAUAGAAUCAUGUAUGUAUGAGAACGUAAUGCUUUUGUGUAAAGAGAUAAAGUUGUAAGAUCAAUAGAACCUUUAUUUCAAAUAAAAUUCGAUGCACGGAUAGCUUCUGAUAA